GCGUGAUGAGGUGCGUAAUGAGAUGCGUGAUAAACUGCGUGGGAAACUGCGUGAGAAAAUGAAAAAUAAAUUUAAAAUUAAGCUAGAAAAAAAUUUAGAAAUUUCAAAGCAAUCACUAGAAAUAUUUAAAAUUAGAGAAGUGGGAAAACUGUGAAUAUGACUUCUGAUUCCAUUAAUCUUGAUGACUACAAUAUAAUCACUGAAGGAAAAGCAAAUAUAUUGUUUCCAAAAGAAAAUAAAGUUUUUUACAAUCCGGUUCAGCAAUUUAAUAGAGACUUGAGUGUUGCAGCCAUUCGAGCAUGGGAUGAGUUGUAUAAUCUGAGCAAUAAGAAAGCAAAAGGGAAGGCCAAUAAAAAUAAGAAGAAAAAUGGAAAAAGAAAUGAAAAUAAGACCGAUAACAAUGAUAAAGAAAAUUCCAAACCUCUGGUUAUAGAUAAUAACAGACCAAGGAUUAAUAUAUUAGAGGCAUUAUCAGCUACAGGAUUAAGAGCCAUUAGAUAUGGAAAGGAGAUUCCAAAUGUUGGAAUAGUUAUUGCAAAUGAUUUACUACCUAACGCAGUUAAACUGAUUGAAAAAAACAUCAAGUAUAAUAAAAUUGGAGACAUCGUCAAACCGAAUUUAGGCGAUGCUAAUGAAUUUAUGUAUAAGUCCAAAAAUAAGAAAAUCAAUGUGAUUGAUCUUGAUCCGUAUGGUACAGCUGCACCAUUUAUCGAUGCAGCGAUUAAUUGUAUCGAAGAUAAUGGGUUAUUAUUGGUUACAUGUACCGAUUUAGCUGUUUUAGCAGGAAACAGUUAUCCUGAAAAAUGUUUUUCAUUAUAUGGUGGAACCAACAUUCGGGGAGAUUCAACACAUGAAUCAGCAUUAAGAUUGGUGAUUAAUAUGAUUGCAAAUACUGCAAGUAAAUACGGGAAAAUAAUUGAGCCAUUGUUAUCUUUAUCAAUUGAUUUUUAUGUUCGAAUUUUUAUUAAAGUGAAAAGAUCACCUAUAUUAGUUAAAGAUUUGGCGUCAAAGACAAUGGUUUGUUACUAUUGCAAAAGAUGUGGAGUUAUUCAUAAAGAAUAUUUAGGGAGACGAGUUGAAAGAGAGAAUAAACCAGUUAAAUAUACUGUUAAUAGUCGAAUUCGAAUUGGAGAUGAAUGCAACUUCUGUGGAAAUGAAUUUAUAAUAGCAGGACCAAUGUGGGGAGAUAAGAUACAUGAUAAAGAAUUUGUUGAAAGGGUAUUAAAGAUUAAUAGAGAGGAAUUUCAAGAUGAAAAAGUAUAUGGUACCAAAAAGAGAAUUGAAGGAAUGUUAACAUUGGCUAAAAAUGAGAUUGAAGAAGCAUUUUAUUUUAGCCCAGCUACUUUAUCGAGUUUAUUACGGACACCAUUAGCACCAUUAAAUGAUUUAUUUGCAGCUAUUGGGAAUUUAAAAUAUGACGGAUCAUUAACACAUGCCCAGGCAAGUUCCAUUAAGACUAAUGCACCAUGGGAGAUUAUUAUUGAGAUAUUUAAAGAUUUUAUCAUCAAGAAGAAUCCUGAUUUUAAUAUCAAUAAAUAUGAAAAAGACUCAGUGAUUUUUAAGAUUUUCAGUCAGAGUUUUAUUCAAGAUGAAAAAAUAAAGAUUACCUGGGAAAGGAAUGAGCUAUCAGAUAGGAUAAGUAAAUUACGAAAAGUCAAGAUAGUUCGAUAUCAGCAAAAUCCUACUAAGAAUUGGGGACCCAAAGCAAAGCCAUAA